AUGGCACUACAGUACAGGAGUGCGUGUAGCAGUACACAGUACGGGUCGUACGGCAGUACAGUGCAGGAGUGCGUGUGCAGGGGGCUGGAGGGCGCGGUGCAGCACUGGGAGCAGGAGGCGGGCGCGGCGCGCGAGCUGGCCGCCGCGCGCCAGCACCAGCUCGCCACACUGGGUGACCUGCUCGAUGCUGCCAAGGCCAAGCUGGCGGGCGCGGCGGAGGGCGAGGCGGCGGCGGCGGCGGCGGCACGGCGCGAGGCGGACGCGGCGUCGGCCCGCGCGCAUGCGCUGGCCGAGCGCCUCGCGCACGCACAGCGACAGCUAGACCGCGCGCACGACGACGCGCGCCGCCUGCACGACGACGCGCUGGUAUCACGGAACAACGCUAAAUCCACCAUCUCAGAAUUAGAGUUUCAACUCGAACAGCUUCGACAAGAGAAAGCGGCGCUGCAAGGCGAAGUUAAGACUUUGCAGGAAAAUAUUUCCGAGCUGCAGAUACAGGUGCAGGUGGCGUCUGAUGAGAAGCUGGCGUUGAUGUCGCGCGCGGGAGAAGCGUUAGCGCGCGCUUCCGAUCUCGAGCGCCAGCUGCAGGAUGCACGCGCCCGCCACGCGCAGCUCGCGCGCGACCGCGACCGCGACGAAGCAGAAUGGAAACAAUUCCAAAGCGAUCUCCUUAUGACAGUCCGCGUCGCGAACGAUUUUAAAACUGAAGCACAAAGAGAACUUGAGCGACUUGUUUCUGAGAAUAAAAUUGCCAGAGAUCGUAUCCGACUUUUGGAAGACCAGAUACACUCAAUGAAAGGUUUUAACAGGUCAGAUUCAACAGAUAGCGUUCAAAACUGUUCUGACGAUGAUAAAAGUUUUUUCAAAGAAUCUGAUGAUGGUGAAUUACAGGACGAUAAUUCAUCCAAGGCCAUAUUUCGAAAUAUCAGGACACGGUAUCUGUCUAGAGUACAUAGCGUUUCUGAUCCAUCUUUGAAAGAUACCAGUAUAGUCGAUCAAGCGUUUUUUAAACUGAAUAGCGCCAGUUCAAAAGAAGACUUAAAUCUACCAAAAACUUUUAAAAUAGACAUAAAGAACGUGACAACGGAUGAGACAAACGAUGAUGAGAUCAGCAAAGAGGAAUCUUUUGAUAAUAAUACCGAAAGAAUUGGUGGUAAAAUAAUAGCGGAAGCCGUCCUACCUCCCUUUAGAACCAAAGAGUUAAUGAGGCAAAAUGCUAUUGACUUUUAUGAACAAAGGUUUAGAAGACAGGACGCUUUAGAUUGUUCUAUUAACUUAGAUUUGAGUAGCUACAGGCGUAAGUUAGUUUCUAAGUCAGUGUCUAGUGAUGUAAAUCUAUGUAGAAGUAAAACGAAGUCUACUAAACAUUUUUCGAGUUUGUACAAUGGCAAACUAAAAUCUCUUAGUAUGGAUAAUCUUAGUUCGAGUCAUGCAUUUAAAGACGUUUUAAAAGAAGCUACCAGUAUAGAGUUUUUGGGAAGUCAUAAUUUUAGUGAUAUUUCUCUUUAUACCGACGGUUCAGAUAGCGUUUUUCUUUCAUCGCCUACUGUAAAGAACAAUAACGUUACUUUCGAAGUAGAAAAAAAUACAUCAUUUAGCCCAAAAGCAUGUCCAAAUGAAUUUAAAGAAGGCUUAAAAAACGAUGUGUUAAUUCAGCCUCUGCAGGACAAUAUACCGCUGGUACUUUCAAAUGAGAUUAUGGAAAAAGAUUUGAAAAAGGUGAACGAGGAACUGAAAUUAAAUUUUAAAGCAGCAAUCGACAGAAUGGCUAGUAACAAUAAAAGUGAAAAUUCUUCAUCACAAAUGACAAUUCAAUUUGAUAAGCCAAAGGUAAAUAAUGGGAACGUGUCUCCAUUGAAUAUUGACCAUAAACAUACAUUUGUAAAUGGUAAUAGUUCCCUAGAAAGUUGUGCAAAAACAGAAAAUUAUAUUGAAAAAACCAAAGAAAUUUUUUAUAAUGGUAGUACGACCUCAGUUUUAACCCAAGACAGUAAUGUUAAUGCUAAUCUAAUAAAAGGCACAUAUUAUGAUGAUUUUAAUAAACAAGUUAAAGAUAAUAUAGAAACAACUCUUGUCCCAACCUACCUACAAGAUGAUGUAAGCUACCGGUUAAAAAUUCAUACUUUAAACGACGCCUCUACAACAUCUACCACAGUUGCAACACACAAUAAAAUUUCAAAUACGUGGAAUAAUCAAGAAAAAAGAAAAAACCAAGUCAAGACAUUUCUAGCGCCAAUCAACAUAGUAAAUGCCAACAUUGAUAUUACCGAUAGUAAAGCAUCCCCAAUUAUUAUAAGCCCGGUGUUAAUACAGCCAAUUUUUUUUAAAGCGAAUACCGUAGCAGAAAUAGAUAUACAAAAACCUGAACCAAAGAGAGGCACUGUGUAUUAUGAUGACAUUGAUCAAGUGGUUGUGGCUGACACUACAAGUUGUAAUAAAUCAAUUGAAUUACCACAAACAGAUAGUCCUAAAAAGAAAGGUAUGUACCAAAAGAAUGUAAAGGUAAAACAACUGCCUAAUUUCUCUUGGAAAUCUUCAAGCGAAAAUUUAACAGUACCUUGUACGCUCGAUUCAAAUAUAGUAUCCAAACCAGUAAAUAUGCCAAAGUCUAACUUAAGUAAAAUAUCAAAAACACCCGAGUGGUUAAUAGACAAUCAUUACUACCAACCUCUGGAACCUACUCCAAUAGCUUCCAACAGAACAAAAGUAAAUAAAUGUAAUAUUGAGGCAGAAUCUAACAAAAUAUUAGGAAAAUGCACGAGUGUUAUAAAAACGUCUGUGUCUAACAGUGACAAAGUAAAGGAAUGUGUACAGGAGAAUUAUUACGAGGAAAUAGGGCAACAUAGUAAAAAUGUAGCUGACGAUGAGAAGAUUUCUAAUCAAAUGUUAGAUGACCUUCCCGUUGUUACAAGGGAGGAGAUACUCAAAGUUCCAAGAAAACCGAAGAGACCAAAGAAACAAGAAACAAAACAGGCCGCUAAUAACCUUGGAGACACGGUUACUAAUGUGAAAGAAGUAGCAAAUUUCACUAAAUCUGUCAUAUCUCUUUCUAGAUCUCCGAGUGCUAAGGACUUGAUAAAGAAUCAAAGUAGCUCUAUAGGUGGUGUUGUGCAGAAUUUAGAGAAAAAAUCACCACUACCAGAUGCAAGGAGAACAGGGGUAGAACGAACGAGAAAACUUUCUCUCCAAGGCCAGAAAGUAUCUAAAAUGAAUACCAACACGGGAUCACUGCCUCGGGAACCGAAAACCUACCACUGGAAGACUCUGGAGCAUAAGCGACUCUCCCAUCCGAUAAGAUCACUGAAUGAUCCCCUGCCUUCAAGACCUCUACGUAAGUUAGGCUUCUUUGUGACAACAACUAAGCGUCCCGUGUGA